AUGCUUCUGCUUGGCACACUCGGAGUAACGGCUGGAGUCACGGGAAUCGUCGUUGUGUCGAGGAACUCUUUUCUGCGAGGCAUUGUCCGACACUAUCUCCUAAUCGAUCUCUCCAAUUACAUUCUCGUUAAUGCCGGUCAUUUGUUGUGGGCGGUGCCCUGUGCUAUUUGGCGAUUGAAUUAUCAGCUCCCAGUUGUCGAUUAUCUCUUCGGUGAUCUUGUCAAUACAGCUGUUUGUAUGGGAUAUUUUCCAAAGUUGUUCCUUGGAAUGAAUCGCUUCUUUGCGAUUGCUUUUGAUGGAGUCUAUCAUCAUAAAUACGAGAGAACGGCGGUCAUUCAAUACUUGUUGAUGAUGCUCUGUCCGCUUGCAUCAUUUAUCGCUUUUGGGCUUCCUGGCUGUCAUGCCAUUUUUCUUCCCGACGGGCAAAACUUCUACUUCGCUGAAGGUGGCUGUGGAGAGGCCACGAUUUACUACACUCAAGUGCUACCACCAGCAAUUUUUCUUCCACUUGAUGCCUGCUUUGAUGGCUUCUCUUUUAUUAUGCUGUAUCGGAGAGUUCAACAAUUGCAGAAAGGGCGACAACAAAUGAGCUCUCAAAAAGCAGAUCAGCUCAGGAAAGGAUACAAGUUGGCUCUGCAGAUGGUCAGCAAUUUUAUUGCCGGCGCUAGUUCGGCGACAGGUGUGGCAAUUGGACAGAAUUAUGUCACUUCUCCGAUGGGCUCAUUUCUUUUGUGGACAGCCCUGUGGCAAGGAUGUUGUACAGUGCAAUGCACCACUUACGUGUUCUUGUUGAGUGAAAGACGGACAAAGCCUCGUGCCACUUUGCCUGUUCAAAAAGCCACCGUACAAACCAGUCAAGUUGAC